AUGUGUCGGAUCGUCUACUACACCGUGGACGUUUGCGUUACCUCUCAGUGGCGUCGUGGUAGAAGGAGGGACUUUCAAGUGUGGAAGCUGCAGGGAUGCGAACACAUGACACCACCACACUCAUCUGCAACAGCGGUGAGAACAGACGACCAGAGGGAGGUGGGCCAGAGGGAGGUGGGCCAGAGGGAGGUGGGCCAGAGGGAGGUGGGCCAGAGGGAGGUGGGACAGAGGGAGGUGGGCCAGAGGGAGGUGGGCCAGAGGGAGGUGGGCCAGAGGGAGGUGGGCCAGAGGGAGGUGGGCCAGAGGGAGGUGGGCCAGAGGGAGGUGGGCCAGAGGGAGGUGGGCCAGAGGGAGGUGGGCCAGAGGGAGGUGGGACAGAGGGAGGUGGGCCAGAGGGAGGUGGGCCAGAGGGAGGUGGGCCAGAGGGAGGUGGGACAGAGGGAGGUGGGCCAGAGGGAGGUGGGCCAGAGGGAGGUGGGACAGAGGGAGGUGGGCCAGAGGGAGGUGGGCCAAAGGGAGACAUCACUUAGAGAGCACCUGGAGGAAACCGGAGCACCUGGAGGAAACUGGAGCACCUGGAGGAAACCGGAGCACCUGGAGGAAACUGGAGCACCUGGAGGAAACCGGAGCACCUGGAGGAAACUGGAGUACCUGGAGGAAACCGGAGCACCUGGAGGAAACUGGAGCACCUGGAGGAAACCGGAGCACCUGGAGGAAACUGGAGCACCUGGAGGAAACCAAAGCACCUGGAGGAAACCGGAGUACCUGGAGGAAACCGGAGUACCUGGAGGAAACCGGAGCACCUGGAGGAAACCGGAGUACCUGGAGGAAACCGAAGCAUCUGGAGGAAACCGGAGCACCUGGAGGAAACUGGAGUACCUGGAUGAAACCGGAGCACCUGGAGGAAACCGGAGCACCUGGAGGAAACCGGAGUACCUGGAUGAAACCGGAGCACCUGGAGGAAACCGGAGCACCUGGAGGAAACUGGAGUACCUGGAUGAAACUGGAGCACCUGGAGGAAACCGGAGCACCUGGAGGAAACUGGAGUACCUGGAGGAAACUGGAGCACCUGGAGGAAACCGGAGCACCUGGAGGAAACUGGAGCACCUGGAGGAAACCGGAGCACCUGGAGGAAACUGGAGUACCUGGAGGAAACCGGAGCACCUGGAGGAAACUGGAGUACCUGGAGGAAACCGGAGCACCUGGAGGAAACUGGAGCACCUGGAGGAAACCAAAGCACCUGGAGGAAACCGGAGUACCUGGAGGAAACCGGAGUACCUGGAGGAAACCGGAGCACCUGGAGGAAACCGGAGUACCUGGAGGAAACCGAAGCAUCUGGAGGAAACCGGAGCACCUGGAGGAAACUGGAGUACCUGGAUGAAACCGGAGCACCUGGAGGAAACCGGAGCACCUGGAGGAAACCGGAGUACCUGGAUGAAACCGGAGCACCUGGAGGAAACCGGAGCACCUGGAGGAAACUGGAGUACCUGGAUGAAACUGGAGCACCUGGAGGAAACCGGAGCACCUGGAGGAAACUGGAGAAACCGGAGCACCUGGAGGAAACCGGAGCACCUGGAGGAAACUGGAGUACCUAGAGGAAACCGGAGCACCUGGAGGAAACUGGAGUACCUGGAGGAAACCGGAGCACCUGGAGGAAACCGUAGCACCUGGAGGAAACCGGAGUACCUGGAGGAAACUGGAACACCUGGAGGAAACCGGAGUACCUGGAGGAAACCGGAGCACCUGGAGGAAACUGGAGCACCUGGAGGAAACCGGAGCACCUGGAGGAAACCGGAGCACCUGGAGGAAACCGGAGCACCUGGAGGAAACCGGAGUACCUGGAGGAAACUGGAGCACCUGGAGGAAACCAAAGCACCUGGAGGAAACCGGAGCACCUGGAGGAAACUGGAGUACCUGGAUGAAACUGGAGCACCUGGAGGAAACCGGAGCACCUGGAGGAAACUGGAGUACCUGGAUGAAACCAGGAAACCGGAGCACCUGGAGGAAACUGGAGUACCUGGAGGAAACCGGAGCACCUGGAGGAAACCGGAGCACCUGGAGGAAACCGGAGUACCUGGAGGAAACUGGAACACCUGGAGGAAACCGGAGUACCUGGAGGAAACCGGAGCACCUGGAGGAAACCGGAGCACCUGGAGGAAACCGGAGCACCUGGAGGAAACCGGAGCACCUGGAGAAAACCGGAGCACCUGGAGGAAACCGGAGUACCUGGAGGAAAUCGGAGCACCUGGAGAAAACCAGAGCACCUGGAGGAAACCGGAGCACCUGGAGGAAACUGGAACACCUGGAGGAAACUGGAGUACCUGGAGGAAACCGGAGUACCUGGGGGAAACCGAAGCACCUGGAGGAAACUGGAGCACCUGGAGGAAACUGGAGUACCUGGAGGAAACCGGAGCACCUGGAGGAAACUGGAGUACCUGGAGGAAACCGGAGUACCUGGAUGAAACCGGAGUACCUGGAUGA